ACAAAGGUAGCGGGGUAGCGGAUCAUUCCAGACAUUUCAAUUUGUGGGGAUGUUUUCUCGUAGAGCUAGCAAUUCUGACAGAAAGCAUUAGCUCAUCAAGAGUCAAUAUCUUUUUCCAAACCAGCAAGUUUCCUGUGCCAUGAGGAAGCUUUUCUCCAAGAAUCCGAAUCAUGCUUCUAGUCACUCCUCUCAAGCUGCCGCUGCUCCAUUUGUCGGAAAAUCAUUCCAAGUUGGAAGAACUGCUGUUACCGUGGAAGAUGUAAUCGCAGAAGGCGGGUUUGCGAUUGUGUUCCUUGUUCGGGCCAGUGGCGGUCAGAAGUUGGCGCUCAAACGGAUGUACGUCAACAACGAGUCCGAUCUUCAGGCGUGCAGGCGGGAGAUUCAGAUCACUUCUAGUCUGAGUGGUCAUCCCCACAUCAUCGGGUACGUCGACUCUGCGGUGCGUAGCUGCGGUGGCGGCGUGUUCGAGGUCCUGCUGCUGAUGCCCUACCACCGAGCGCACGUGCUGCAGAUGAUGAAUGACAGGCUACAAACGGGCUUCACUGAGACGGAAGUGCUGCGAAUAUUCAGCGACGUCUGUGAGGCCGUGUCCAGACUGCACCACUGCCAGACUCCCAUCAUACACCGCGACCUGAAGGUCGAGAACGUCCUCAUGUCUGAAGAUGGCAAGUUUGUUCUAUGUGACUUCGGUUCGGCUACCGCCAAGGUGCUGAACCCCGCCACCAGCGGAGUGCCGGCCGUAGAAGAAGAAAUAAAAAAGUACACCACGCUCAGUUAUCGGUCACCGGAAAUGGUCGACCUCUACUCGGGAACACCAAUCACCAUCAGUAGCGACAUAUGGGCUCUCGGAUGUCUGCUCUACAAGCUGGCAUUCUUCACUCUUCCGUUCGGCGAGUCGUCGCUGGCUAUCCAGAACGGCCAGUUCUCGUUCCCAGACAACUCCAAGUACUCCCGGCGGCUCCAUGCGCUCAUACGAUACAUCCUGCACCCGAACCCGGCGCUGCGUCCAGACAUAUUCCAAGUCGCCUACCUGACCUGCCGGCUGCUGGGAAAGGAGUGCCCCGUGCAAAACCUUCACAACUCGGCGGUUCCCGACAUGGACGCGCUCCUCGGAGCGCUCGAGGCGACACCUACGGCGACGGUGGCGCCGCCGGACGGCCGCGCGGCGAACUCGAGCCUCCGCGAGCCGCCGCAGGAGGUGCUGACGUCGGUGGCGCCCCGUCAGAGGCCGAAGGCCGGGCUGAAGGCGGUGGCGGCGGGGCCCAUAGCGGCGCCCGUGCUCCCCCUGCCGCCCCAGG